AAACAUCACUGCUUUUUUUAAAUAGAGCGCGUUUCAGUUUUCUUUCUUAGCUGAUAUAUCACUUUCGUCGUGUUCACAUGUUGCUUUGCCAGAUGGAAAUGAAUAAAAAGGAAUAGUUCUAUUAUGUUACUAAGAUAAGUUGACGUUAUCUAACUACGACUUGCAGUUUGGUCCAUUUCUUGGCUUGCACCAACGGUAGGUCAGCCUUUGUUUCGGCGCUCACUCCGAACUGCACCUUUUGAAUCUCGGUGGGGGUAUGGCUGCUAUACGUAAGAAACUGGUUAUUGUCGGAGAUGGAGCUUGUGGAAAGACGUGUCUGCUCAUCGUCUUCAGCAAAGAUCAGUUUCCAGAAGUGUACGUGCCAACUGUCUUUGAAAACUAUGUCGCUGAUAUUGAAGUUGAUGGGAAGCAAGUAGAGUUGGCGCUUUGGGAUACCGCGGGUCAAGAAGACUACGAUAGACUUCGACCUUUGUCAUAUCCCGACACUGAUGUCAUAUUAAUGUGUUUUUCAAUAGACAGCACUGAUAGUCUCGAUAAUAUCACUGAGAAAUGGUAUCCUGAAGUAAAACACUUCUGUCCAAAUGUUCCGAUCAUCCUUGUGGGUAACAAACAAGAUCUGCGUAAUGAUGAGCGGGCACAUCAUGAAUUAGCCAAAGUUCGUCAGGAAUUAGUCAAAUCCGAAGAAGGUCGCCUUGUAUGUGAUCGUAUUAAUGCUUAUGGAUAUUUAGAGUGUUCUGCUAAAACAAAGGAAGGUGUUCGUAAAGUUUUUGAGACAGCUACACGUGCUGCUUUAAAUACUAAACGUAAAAGAAAGAAAGGCUGUGAACUUGUUUAAGAAAAAAGAGGGGAUUUAUUUUUGAAUUUUCAUUGUUGAGUGAUGAUAGAAUACUAUUGGGUUUGUUGAGUUGAUGUAAUGUACUUCCAUGUAUCAUUUAUAUAUAUAUAUAUAUAUAUA